AUGUCCCAAUCAUUGCGUCCCUAUCUAACGGCGGUUCGUUAUUCGCUUCAAGCUGCGCUAAACUUGACCAACUUCUCUUCUCAAGAAGUUGAAAGACACAACAGACCUGAAGUAGAGGUCCCCAACACAAGCGCGGAGCUACUGCUCCAGCCAAUGCAUGUUUCUCGUAACGAGCACGAACAAGUGUUGAUAGAGCCCAGUGUGAACUCUGUGCGCGUCAGCAUCAAGGUCAAGCAAGCAGACGAAAUCGAACAGAUCUUGGUGCACAAGUUCACACGGUUCCUUGAGCAGCGUGCCGAGUCGUUCUAUGUGCUGAGAAGAGUACCCAUCGAGGGAUUUAGUAUCUCGUUCUUGAUCACCAACAAGCACACCGAAACCAUGAAAACGGAAAAGCUUGUGGACUUCAUUAUCGAGUUCAUGGAGGAAGUUGACAAGGAGAUCAGUGAGAUGAAGUUGUUCUUGAACGCCAGGGCCCGUUUCGUAGCUGAAGCGUACUUAGGAGAAUUUGUAUACUGA